AUGCCCCGUUCUGUGUUGUCAAUUGGAAGAGUCCUGGCGCAGACCAUUUCCUCUCACCCGGGGUGGUUAAACCAACACAGUAUUUACGUAUGUAAACGAUGCAGCGGCCCGGUGCUGAACGCUUCCGCGGUGGGUCAGUUUUGCUCCUCGUCCGGUUGUCGGGUCGCCGGACGAUGCUGCCUGGGGAACGAAACGCUCGGCCUUGAACGCAUCAUCGGGCUGGAUUUGUCCAAUUGUUCCUUAACUCACGUGGAAAAUCUCCAGGAGGCGUCAGCCGCUUUCAUCGUCGAUUUGUCACUCAACUCGAUUUUGAACACGAGUGACUCGGCAUUUCAAGGAUUUCGCAAGUUAAGUCACUUGAUUUUGCCAGCAGACGUGUCGUGCCCGGGCGGGAAUUCUUCUUGGGAAACGGUGGACCUGGAGGGCGGAAAUCGCCAUUGCAGAGGCCAGACGAGCCCCUGCGACCGGCCCGCCGGUAGGACGCCUGUCAAAUGUCCGGAGGACUCCCGGUGCGGUCCGAACGGGCCCGGCUUCUUCGAGUGCCGCUGCGCCGACGACCGCCACGGAUACAAGUGUCUGCGGGAGGGCGACUUCCCAGCCGCGCAGGUCUUGGGCUCUCUGGCGGCCUCCACGUUGGCCCUUUCGCUCCUGCUGUGGUUCACCCAACGGCGAAAGGCCAAGUCGCUCUGAGCUCUGCCGAGUGUUGCCAAAAUUCUUAGCUGCUCUUUUAGUAGGACUGGCGAUAUUUUCCCUCAGAAUAUGCUUUGUUUUGUUUGUGUAAAUAGAUAUGUAGUUUUUUGUUUUAAACAGUGAUCUCUGUUUCUCGGGGGGUCACACGGGGAUUCCCCCAAAGAGGCUUUUGCUUCAUUCCUGUUGCUUCAAACUUUUCAGAGCAGCGCAGAUCCGUUCAGAAAUUGAAGGAAAUUUGAGAGCACGCGUCCAUUAUCAACUGUUACUGCGCCACAGCGGGUACAAAAAGAUUGUAUUUACGUACUACUGCGCUCGGCUUGUUGUCCUGUACACAACGGUUAUGUUGGGGUACCUUCGUCAGAAAAAAAUAAAUCAUAACUGACACAA